UGUGACAGGUCACGUGACAGUCUGAGCGUUGAUCCGGAAGGUGGGGGAGCUGCUGUUACUGAGACUAGUCCAGCUUGCCUGCAUUCCUCCUCUCCCCAAAGCCUGCCCGAGAGAAAGAAGGGGGAGAGAAAACACAAAUAAUUAUUCAAAGGCGUAUUGGAUUUAUGUAGCCUACUAUUGAAGGGGCCUCGUCUCUAGGAAAGAAGGUCGAGACUAUGCCUCUUAAAUGGUCACAUCUGGCCUAAACCUUCGGACUUAUACGUUGAAAAUGCGUUAUUUAUAACAACGGAGUCUUACGUUUAUGUUCCCGUAUAGGUCAGCCAACGAAACGCUUUUUUGGACCAGCCUUUCGUCUUUCCAGAGCGAAUAUCUCUUUUUUUAAUGAGGAUUGCAAGAUGGCUGAUGACAGCUACCCUUAACAAGGACAGGAUAGCGACGUCCCCUUUAAGAUUAGAAGGGUAUAUUUUUUAUAUUUAUAUCAAUUGUGUGUGUUAAUGAUUGCUAGAAUGAACAAUUACGCUAUAGGUUAGUAAUAAUGCAAAUGGAUGCAUAUACAUUCAUAUUACAGUGGUUAUUUAUCUGUGCUUCGUGGAAAACGGCGAGGUGACGUCUGAGAUAAUUGCACGAUCUAAUCAAGCUAAGGAAGUGAAUUUUAAGGUUGUAGGCCAAAGGCUACCCUAACCAUGUCUGAAAUGUAAAAGAAGAAACGACCCACGUAGAAAAGGGCAAAAUAUAACGUUUGGGUGGAUAGAUAUUUGAUAGAUGUGUCGGUGAAAACCAGAGGCUCGCGACAGGAGUCGACAUUCCAGUGGAUUCUAAAACCCUUUGUUUUGUGCGCGUGAACCCGAAUCGGUUAUGAAACGAUUAACUAUGCAGUACAUAUCCUUUAAAUUAAGCCCGGUGUAUGUUUUCUACCCCAGCGAUUGUAAAAGCGCGUUAUUAUCGACAGAAAACUGACUAUUGUAAGAAAAGCUGAGGCCUUGUGUAGCGAUAUGCGAGCCUCGCUCGUGCCACAUAGCAGGCGUUAUUAUUCAUCAAACAGAAUAGUCAGUUUUAUGUCGCUAUUGUGUCAAAGUCCUCUGCAACGUAGCGCGGUGUGGAGGGGCAGGAGAUAAGCCUCACGUGUAUUUCAUCUGUAUAAUAGUAUGUUAUGUUAUAACGCGCGACUGACUAAAAGCCUUGACGUUUAGUUUUUAUUGUAAUUCGGACGAUCCAGACUCUCCAGAUUGUCGUAUUUACUAUUCACUGUUAAUAACCAUUAUUUGCAUGGUAAUUAUUUAAAACGUACAAAUAAGGUCGGGAUACUGAUAGCCCUCAGUUCCGUAUAUAUAUAUUUGUUUGGACCGUGUGGAGAGAACGCAGCGGUACAGAGUGUUUUGGUUUUGUUCCGUGUGUGAAUCUAUCGGAUAAUCAAUCAAAACCAAACGAAGAAUUCAGGAAAGCUAAUUUGAACCCAAAAGCGAAUAACCGACGUUGACAGGGAUCAGGUGUUUUUGCUCGAUAGAGAUCAUUUCAUACGUUAUUGAUGUGGUAAUCUAUAGAUAUUACAACGUGACGUGGUGGUACGCUUUGCCUUGUUUCAAUUUUUUUAGAUGACAACAAUGUCAUAACUGCUUCCUGUAUGCUAACACAGAGAAGCUCAAACGAAAGCAUAGGCCCCGUGUCUUUGAUUUAGAAAGAAAAGCACCCUUUACUGUAAAUCUGCAUCACCCUCAUCAGAGUGUGGUAAUCACAAUGCUGUAGUCAUCGUUGCCUGAGUCCUUCUGCUUUUAUAGAAUUUGCCUUCACGUUCCAGCAAUAAGCAGAUCAUCUGUCAGGGAGAUUUAUCUCACCAAUAGUAUAUUUUUGAAUUCUGUGGACCGACGUUGUCAGAGGAACCAGAAAAGAAGAACUGAUCUUGAGAAUCACAGAAAUUCCUUCCUUAUUUUUUUUUUUACCCUACCGUUCAGUGUCAAGAAACGUCAAGAGUUCCGGACCCCUAAUUUUCUAUAUCACAUUCAUAUCAACGACACAAAAGACUGUCCCCAGCCCCCCGCCGAGGCUCAGAAGGAGGCGACAGAACCCGGUGUAUGCCUGCACACACCUCCGCGAUGGCGUCCGACAUGGCUGAGACGUGGAGGAACUGUUUCGAGGAGGAGCUGAUAUGCCCCAUCUGCCUGCACGUCUUCUCAGACCCCAUCCAGCUGCCCUGCAAGCACAACUUCUGCCGGGGCUGCAUCAGCGAGGCCUGGGCCAAGGACUCCCUGCUGGCCCGCUGCCCCGAGUGCAACCACGCGUACUCCCAGAAGCCCAGCCUGGAGAAGAACCACAAGCUGUCCAACAUCGUGGAGAAGUACAACGCGCUGAGCGUGGAGAAGCCCGCCGCGCCGCCGCUGCAGUGCAUCCUGUGCCGCCGCGGACCCCCGCUCCCCGCCGUCAAGGUGUGCCUGCGCUGCAACGCCCCCUGCUGCCAGUCCCACGUCCAGACCCACCUGCAGCAGCCCUGCUCGGCCCUGGGCCACCUGCUGGUGGAGGCCGAGGCCGUGAGGUCCUGGACCUGCCCCCAGCACGACGAGUACCGUCUGUACCACUGUGAGGCGGAGCAGACCGCCGUGUGCCAGUACUGCUGCUUCGCCCGCUGCCACCCCAGCCACGGGCACGCCGUCACCGACGUGGAGCUGCGGCGCAACGACAUACGGCAAAACCUGCUGAGGCAGCAGGAGCGAGUGGAGGAGAGGGUGCAGGACAUCGAGGAGCAACUGUGCAAACUGGACUCGGACAAGUGUGUGGUGGAGGACCGGGUGUGUGAGCUGAAGGAGGAGGCACGGGUGCAGUACCAGCGGAUGCAUCAGCUGCUGGAGGAAGACCUGGGCCGCACUCUGGAGGCUCUGGACCGGGCCCAGUCCCGCUUCCUCCAGGAGAACACGGCCCAGGUGCUGGCCCUGGGGGAGCAGCGGCACGAGGCUCAGAAGCUGCUCAGCUCGGUCCAGACGGCCUUCAACAAGGCGGAGGAGCUGAGCUUCAUGAAGAACACCAAGCCCAUCAGGAUCCUCAUGGACAGGUCUCAGGCCUCGGUGGGCAGCGCGCUCUCUCCUUACAAAGUGGGCAGUCUGAACUCUAAGCUCUUCCUCUCGGAGCUCCUGAAGAGAGAGAAAAGCUUGAGAAGAACGCUGGAAGCUCCCCUCACCCUAUCCUCCACCUUCCUGCAGUCAGUCCCUGCGUAUCCUAGCGGCCAGAGCUCCGCCUGUGGGGCGGAGAAGCGGAAACACUCCACUGCUUUCCCGGACGGAAACGGGAACACUGGGAAAGCCAACACCGCUGGAUUCAAAGACUCCUCCUCCGCCUCCUCUUCCUCCUCUUCGUCACUGAGCAAGCAGCCCUACCUGGGCUCCAGCUCUACAUCAGGAGAGGGCCAGUCUACCAAUCAGCAGCCUCUAGGCCCCUGUGGCCCCCCCCACAUCAGCGAGAGCAGCGGAACAGGAAGUGGGAGCAGCUCACUGACCAACCACCAUUCCGGCUCUGUGUUUGGCGCCUCCCACUUCCCGCCUGGUGGCAGUAGCUCCUCCCAUUCCUCCCAGCAGGCCGUGCUUCCGCAGUACGGCAGCCGUAAGAUCCUGGUGUGCACAAUGGAUAACUGCUACUGCUCCGGGGUCCCGUCUGUGUCAGGCCACCGCAGCCAUCCUCCCUACCCACGCUCAGGCUCCUUCCCCUGGGUCAGUGCCCAGGAUUACCCUCCUCCACCGGGCCUGGCCUCUGGGGGUCCGUCCAUGCAGGGUUUGGCAGUGAGGGACUGGAUAGACGCCUCACAGACGCACAGACACGCAGACUUCUACGGGCUCUAUGGACAGCCCUCUGCAAAGCACUAUGUCACCAGUUAACAUAGACCCACACCAAGUACACACACACACACACACACACACGUAGUAAUAGAGGCAAACAUACCUUGUUCUAUUGGCUGGAUAGUAAACGCGUCACUCAAAUAAAGCAUUUAGAUCUACACACUUGUUUCUGCACACACACACACACACACACACACACACACACACACACACACACACACACACACACACACACACACACACACACACACACACGUAGCACAUGAACACAAUAUCGGGGGCAGGGUCUAUCUUUGAAUGAUUUGAUUUUCUUGUUUGUUCUUUCUUUGCCUCCGUCUUUGGCUCUGGUAGCGUAUCCUACAUAGAGUGUGGGCUCUCAACGGCUCACAGCAUCCUUCCGGUUAAACUCUGGCUCGACAUGACAUUUUCAGACACAGCGCCACCACAAUGGUUUGGACACGGGCCGGCGGAGCCCUGCGGUGAAGCUUCCCUUUAGCAAAUAACGAGGCCGAGAGCUGAUAAGGGGGAUGCCGCGUAGCGCUGAUUCAGCCCCUUUCUGCAUCUGUGACCAAUCCCUUAAUAUAUUGUUCUUCAGAAUCCCCCCCCCCCUUCUCUCCUCACCAGUCGUCCUGGGGUUGACCGCCUUAUGUUUUCGUGUUCUGUACUGUCCGCGGACUACGUUCGAUAGAUCCUGUAGGAGACGAUAAGUAGAGCACACCCGUCGUUCCGUUGGCUUCAGUUUGUCUCCCAUUGCUGCACUUAUGCCCUCCGUUCGGUGAGUUCAGGGAUGUAUACCGCACGGCUCCAACAUAAACCGCUCUUCCACGUUCCCCCACUGUACGGAACGCCCACAAUGCACUUGGUCACACCUUGGUAUGCCUGGGUUACUGAUGCAAAACCCACAAGAGGACAUCGGAGCUGCGUCCGAGGGGCUGGCAGACCACUGACUCUGGUCCCGAUUCGGUCCCCGUUCCUGGCUCUCGCCUUCGCAAGGGAGAGAGGAUCUAAUCCCCCGGUCUGGUACAAGGCUUCCUCCUAGGACUAAAGUUCUGUGUCUGAAGGAACCGGUCUCCAUUGAGUAGUCAUUAUACGAUUUUGUGUUAUUUGCUACAUCCGUAGGUUCCGUCAUCUUGUGUCUUGUGACUCUUCGACCAGUAGAGACAGUCGAGGCAAGAGACUUGGAGGCUGGACAGACCAAACUAAUCGACAAAAGCAUCUGGGGUGAUUGACGAUGCUUUAAUUGUACUUGCUGCAGGGCAAAGAUGUCACUUCCUCUCAACAAGCACACUAGGUCCUGGCUUCCUGUUUGCAGCUGUAAGCUGAUUUUUUUACAAGCACUCAGAAAAAUAAUGAUGGCAAAUUGUAUGGAGUUUUAAAAAAAAAUGUGCGAAGGGUAGAACGAUUUUUUCUGGGAACUUUUUCUAAAGAAGGAGACUCCGCUGCUUGAAAGGAUGCAUCCUAAAACAAAACUGGGUUGUGAACAGUCAGCCAACAGAAAAGUAUCUUUUUUGUAAAUAUUUUGUGAAAUGGAAAGAAAUUAGACAUGUCCUUUGGAGGAGGGAUCCAAAUAAAUCAACAAAUUCAAGUGUGUUUCUCUUUUAUUAUCUCCCCCAGGUUUGUAUUGCCCCGAUAUAACUACGAGUGUACAGCUACAUAGCCACGCCCUUUUUAUGUCCCUGUCCUGCCCAGUGCGAGUGUGGCCAAUGAGAAGGUGUCUGUGGGGGACUGUAGAACGACAGCACGGCUGAGAGGAAAGGUCUUCGUUUGAGUUGUCAUUCCACGGGUUUCAUUUUCAUGGUGACCUCAAACUGAUUAGAUUAUCAUGUAUAUAUAUUUUUUUGUCACCGUUAAAUCUGCUUCUUGAAAAUUGGCAGACCAUGACCUACAUUCAAUUGCCCUCGGGAUGCUUGAUGUAAAGAUCGACACAUCAGAAUGUUUCAUGGGUCACAUGAAAUAUCCUGUUGAAGCUGUAGCCUCCAAACAUUCUGUUGUGUAGAGCUGCUAGGGCUGCAGAUGUCUUGGCUCUUCAAAUCUCUUGUCAGCAAGUCUCGGUAGAGAACAGGAACUCUGGUGUCAUAGGUUCAUCUUGAAUUACAGGAAUUGUUUUAUAUCACACACACCUCUUCGCCCUAUAACUUAUGUAAAGUCUGACACGGCUGCUAAACAGCUGCCUUGUCGUCAUUAAACGCAGUAUUCCUUUCGCCUACAAUUGAAUGAUGCAUCACACUGGCUGGCUCGUUAAGUCACGCGCACACUCCCGCACACAGAAGGGAGAACGCCUUUUAUUAUUCACUGAUAAAACAACCGCAAAACUUUGUGUUCGGCUUCAAAGGAUUCAUCAGUCGCCUGUACAUGAAAGGCUGAACGAAUCCUGCCAAAUGGACUGUUUGAUAUUUUUGAACCCAUGCGGGCCCUUUAAAGAAUAUAUUUUUAUUUUUUCCAUUAUCCUCAAAGCGUUACCACUUUUGGCAUGGAUGUAAGGAGGCCAGCAGAUGGAGACAGAGCUUUCGGCCUUCUGAUGGAUCGCUGUCAACCACCCUGAAAUUGACGGUGGGCAGCUAUGAAAUAAUUUUGAGAUCAAAGUAAAUAUUGUGCGAUGGAAUGGCCACUAGAACAAUUAGGUAAACCAAAGGAGAAAUGGACUCCGCUGAAAGAAUGGACAAGGUUUCUUUCUUAAUUAUUCAGAGCCUUCUUGGGUCUAGUCAUGACAUGAGUUUGUAACAUAGCUAAGGAUACUUGUAGACGUAUUUGACACGGCCUUUGAAUUUUUCAACUUUUGAGGCAACACUGAUGAGAGAGCAUGGAUGAGAGAGAAAAGGUCAGAGACCCAUCUUUCGAGUUCAAAAUUGUGAUCAAUACACAACACUGAAAUAAACUUUGAAGACCAAGGAUUGUGUGAAGACACUAGCAUUGUAACUUUUAAGUUCUGGUGUCCUAGGCAUGGGCUCAUACGAGAAUAACAAUAAUUGGAAUCAUUGUAGUCUUUUCAAGACAUGUAAUUUGAGUUAAAGCUAUAUAAAAUAGAGGACUAUCACUGAUGGUAGAAUUAGAUCCUAUAUUAUCAUUGUUGAGCACCGUCUCUUGCAGAGGCCUCUUCAAAGCGCUGUGACACGUGUCACAGCAAGCUGAUACCUGCCAAGUGUGUCUGUAGUUUAGCAGCAAAAGGCCAAUAACUGAGAAAACGUUCAACACGGAUCACCGUCCUCGGUGUAAAGGCCAGCAAAAAAUGACAAAGUUCCACACCUUAAGCUUUUUUUUAUUGUUUUGAAACGAAACCGAUUCAUUUUCUGGAAACAUCCAUCUCCAUGUCAAACUUUAUUUUUUUAUCCCCGUACCUUCGAUCUUUUACAGAUAUCAUUCAGGAAUUUCCAAAAGAAAUGACCAAGAAUGACUUCCAUUAACAGAAAGAGAGAGAACUGCACAAAGUUAUCAAAGUUAUACAUUAUUACUUGCGUAAAUCUGUUACAAAUCUGCCACAUUAGAUAUGUCAACAUUAAAGCCUACAAACCCAGCUACGUAACGUAUAUUCUACAACAAGUGCAUAACUUUACAAAUGAAAACAGGGCCGAGUUAUUUACAAUUGAUCGUCACAAAAAGUUUAGCGUCUCUUAACCAUUUAUCUUCAAAAUUCUUAGUUAUUUUUCAAACAUACAUGAAGAUGUAUCAACCUUUAUAGGGGAAGUUCAACCUAGUAAAAAGCAUUUCUUGUUCUUAAAAUCCCACACACACCAGAGUAGAUGUUUAGGCUUUGUAUGUAUCCUACAUGAUCAUAAAUAAAGAAUUACAAAAAUAUACCUCACUUCAAGCAGAGCCAUUGCAAGAAAAGCAAACAGACAUGGAAUGGUAUAAAAAGACAGAGCCAUCUUAAAGUGGAAAGACACUCAUCCAUCAGCCCCAAGAGAUACAUCAACAAAAAGGGGAAAGUAGUUGUUCCUCAGGGGGUACCCUUUAAAUUCAAAACAUUGCAGUUUCAGUGAUCAAUCAGGCAAUUCCUGAAAUGUUGGGGUUCCUAGGAAGUGAAGGAAAGAGAUGGGAAUGGCUCGGAUUCAGCUGGCAAGAGCAGUGUUUUUUCCUUAAAAUAAAAACCGAAACAUUUCCUUUUUUUUAGUUUAGGGACAAACAAAGCUUCUCUGAGGUUAAUAAGUGUAAG